UAUACUAAUUAGACGGGAGUAAGUGAAAAUAUUUAAAAAAUGUCAGACGAAACAAUUAUGUCUAUGAAUGCUGAGGCAAUUAAAAUGGAACCACCAGAAUCUUCAGUAGAAGACAUUAAAAGCGAAAUUGAGGUUGAAUGUGAUGUUCCUGAUGCUAUAGUUAACCCAAAAUCGACUUCUGAGGAAGAUAAAACGUGUUUAGAAAGAUUCAUGAAAUCCGAUGUGACGAUAGAAGAAGAAGUCAAGCAGGAUACAAUCGAGGAAUUUGUAUAUGAAUGUGGCAUUUGUAAUCAAUCAUUUCCAGAAUCACAUCUUUUAAAAGAGCAUAUGCUCGAUCACAUGCCCAGUCAUAGCAAAGAACGCCCUUUCAAAUGCGAAGUCUGUGGUAAGACUUUCUCACUAUCAAAAGGCUUAAAAGCACACAUGAUUUCACAUUCUGAAGAACGUCCCUUCGAAUGUGGUUUAUGCAAUCUGACAUUCUCCCGUCCAAGCAGUCUGAAAAGACACAUGCUGAGACACAACGGAGUACGCCCUUAUAAAUGCUAUGUUUGUGACAAGACAUUUACUCAAUCAAGCGAUCUGAAAAGUCACAUGCUGAUUCACAAUGGAGUACGCCCCUAUGAAUGCGAUAUAUGCAAGAAGGCCUUCACACAAUUAUGUAAUAUGAAAAAACACAUGAUGAUUCACAGCGGUGUGCGCCCCUACGAAUGCGACGUAUGCAAACGCUCAUUCACAGAAUUAGGGAGUCUGAAAAGUCAUAUGUUGCUGCACACUGGAGUACGCCCUCAUCAAUGCAAUAUAUGCAAUAGGGCGUUCACACAAUCCUGUAGUCUGAAAAAACAUAUGCUGGUUCAUAGCGGAGAGCUUCCUUAUAGAUGUGAAAUUUGCAAUAAGGGAUUUACUCAAUCGAACAAUUUGACUAGACACAGGGCAGUUCAUAGCCAGAAGCGUGGUGAAAGUCAAUGAAGU